AACACUCCGACCCAAGCGCAAUGACGUGGGUUAUAUGACACAACUCUAAGGUUCAUAAAUCAUUUUCACAACUUCAUUACAGCAGACGCAUGCGCGUCAGGUAUCCACAGAGAAGUGAAAGUAAAAAAGGAACAAGAGAAAAGGAUAGAGGACCAGGCAAAAUACAUUGUAACACAGGAGGAAUAAAAUGCCACUGUCUUUCUUUUUACGCCAGCUAAGUUACAAUAGACGAUCACAACCAAAGAACAUUAAGAAGGCAACACAUCACCUGUGUGUCUGAAGACCAAUUUUGCAUCGACUUGUGAUCGUGUUAAGAAGGGACGGAGAUUUGAAGGGACAAUUUUUUACAGAGAUCCAUAACGCCUGGAUUCAUUAAUUUAGAGAAUGCUCAUGCUUGCGUAUCUGCUGUCAUGCUUGACAGUCGUCAAUGCAGUCCUGUCCAGCAGGCUGAGCUUCCCUGGCCGCUCUCCUGUCCUACCAAGCAGCCGGACCUGUGCAGUGCCUGUUCUCACUCACUGAUGGCUUUGGUAACAUAUAUAGUUGGACAGACACCAUUUCCAGAGUUCAGUGUUGUGCUGAUGUUGGAUGAUCUGGAAAUAAUGUAUUAUGACUCAAACACAUGGAAAGCUGUCUAUCGCACUAACAGUGAUUCAAAAUACUAUGAUGAAGAGCAAAGUGAUGCUGGUUUUAUAUUUCAAGACAUGUAUAAUGAGAUGGAAAAUUUUUCCGUUAAGAAACACUUAAAUAUCACAGAUGGUUUACAUGUUCUUCAGAGUCUUUCUGGAUGUGAACUGUUGAAUGAUGGUAAACCAGGUCCACUUCAUAUCUGGAAUGCUUUUGAUAGACAAAAUAUAAUGGAGUUCACAUAUGACCUGGAAAAAAACGAUAUCCAGAUGAAAAAGUCAUGGAUACCAUGGAACCAAGUGAAACUGCUUAAAUUAAAGUUUAUACAUGAAAAUAUUUAUCAUCCAAUUUGCUUUAAAGUUUUGCGAAGGUACCUGCAUAUGGAAAAGAACAAUGUGAUGAGAAAAGUGAAACCCAGAGUCAGACUCUUGAAGAAGACACUCCCAGACUCUCAAGGGCUUCAGAUCAGCUGUCUGGCCACUGGUUUUUACCCCCGUCACAUUAACCUGACUCUGUUCAGAGAUGAUCAGCCUGUGGAUGAUGAUCAGAUCACAGGAGGAGAGAUUCUUCCCAACGGAGACAGAACUUACCAGAUGAGGAAGAGUUUGGUGAUCAGCGCAGAAGAACUACGUGAAAGACACAAAUACAACUGUACAAUGAAACACCUCAAUCUGGACAACAAACUGGACAUUACAUUUGAUGUGGCUGAAUCUGACCCAGGAUCCUUCAGUCUGUCUGUAGUUAUCAGUGUGCUGGUGUUAAUGUGUGUGGCUGCUCUCAUCAUAACUGCACUCAUUAUAUGGAGGAGGAAAAGACGAGCUGCUGGACGAGGACCUGGGACGUUCGCGGGGCCCCUUCCUGGAGAUUUGCUUAGGGCCCUCAAUAAUCUAAACACCACCUUGCUUACUUCAACACAACAUACAAGGAAGUGAACUAGAGUGCCCUCUAGUGCACAGAAACAUUAAAGGGUUAGUUCACCCAAAAUGAAAAUUCUGUCAUUAAUUACUCACCCUCAUUCGUUCAUCUUCGCAACAAAAUUAAGAUAUUUUUCAUAAAAUCCGAUGGCUCAGUGAGGCCUGCAUUGCCAGCAAGACAAUUAACACUUUCAAUGGCCAGAAAGCUACUAAAGACUGUUUUGUGAUGCAUAAGCACCUUUACCUUAUUUUUAUUAUUCUCAGGUUAGGUAAGAAAGUCAAAUCUGACCUAAAUUAUAAGCAUUUUAAAAUACUUACAAUCAGACAGAAGACUUCUCCAUGGUCUGUUCAGGCUUAACGACUUAGAUCAAUGCCACAUGAGGCCAAGUUUAAUUAUAAAGUUAAUUAUAAAGUAAAGUUCAUUUAUUUAUUACAUUAAUAUUACUAGCAUUACAUAUAUUCUACUAACAUUCUAUACAAGUAAUUAAAUAAAGUAUAAGUAUUAAAAAGUUCUUCAGUCAAGGCAAUAUCAGCGAUGGAGGCAUCAUCAGCAUUGGUUCUGGUGUCGGAGAGGCAGCCUCAGGUGCGAAGGCCCCUCCUGUUCUCUUGAUGUUCCAGCCUUUUAUAGACUAUCUGACCACUUGAUGUCAUCUUCUUGGGAAUUCCCCUCUUCUGUCUAUAUAAAAUAAGCUAUUAUCUUAUUAAACAGCUUUAUAAAAA